AUGAAGGUGAAAAAUAUGAUGCCACGUGAAAAAUCGUAUCUCCUUGAUGAGUUGGCAUUAGAAAGAGGUCAUGAGGUGAUACGACUUCCUCCCUAUCACUACCAGUAUAACGCUAUUGAGUUGAUUUGGGCUCAAGUUAAAAAUGAAGUUGCCAAAAAAAAUAACACUUUCAAGAUGGUAGACAUUGAACGUUUGACUCAUGAAGCGUUAGAUUCAGUGACUAUACAAGAUUGGGAGAAAUGUGUACGACAUGCAAAAAGUAUUCAAUCCCAAGACUAUGAAAGAGAAGUUCACAGGGAUUCCAUAUUAGAACCCAUUAUAUUAAUCAUAUUACCAGGUGAUAGUGAUUCGAGUGAUGAUGACACAGAUAAUGAUGAUGAUUAA